AGCCUGCGGGUUUGGCCCAGCUUGGCUCGCGGCUUGGCAAUAUGUGCGUUGAUACUUGGCUAGGUGCCGUUCUCAAAGUCAGCUACGCGGAGUCACCGCUGGACGUGGGACUGCGACACCUUGCUCUGAGCCUAUGGCGCCAGGAGGAGGGACUUGCACGGAGCAACCGGGGCGGCUGGCAUAGCCGCUACUUGGACGUGGAGAAUGCCACCAUCGCGGCCUUGGGACAACGGGUUCAGAAAGCUACACCCCGAUUCUUGCAGCGCAAUUGGACCAACUGGACUGGGACAAUUCAUUUGGCCGCUGUUUGGGCCAAUGUCCAUCGACUGGGCGAGUACAACGUAGAGCAUCAGCAUGCGGAGGUGGGAGCUGAAGGCGAUCACGUCCCUUUGCUCUCUGGUGUUUACUAUCCGGGCCCCCGCAGUUUGUCAAGGCUAUGUUUCCCAGAUUGUGAUCCCUCAGUGGAGCCGGAGCCAGGAACCUUGGUGCUUUUUCUUGCCACCUUGCCGCACAGUGUGCGGGCAGCCGACUUGGGCGCGCAUGAGCUGCGCGAGCGUCAGGAGCCGCGUGUAUCCUGGGCCUUCAAUCUCGUGGUGCGCCGAGCGGAUGCGGAGGGCUUCACUCCGCUGCACCAUGCGGCGGAGACAGGGCACGUGGCCAUGGUGGGCAGCUUGUUGGAGGGACGGGCGAGCCCGUGGAUGAAAACUGCGCAUGGCUCUUUGCCAAUACACCUGGCAGCCUCUGCCGGCCGGGUCUCCGUAGUGGAGAAGCUCCUAAGCUUGGACCCGAGCCUGGCUCAAGGCUCCGCAGGAAGUGCGCUGCUGCACACAGCAGCUGCCAACGGGCAGACGGCGUUGCUUCGCCAGCUGAUUUCCUUGCGAGCUUCCCUUCAGGCCGAUGGAGAUGGCACAGCGCUGCACCGUGCUGUGCAGAACGGCCACACGGCCGCAGCUCGGCUUCUUUUGCAGGUUGACCCCACUCAGAUCCACAGUGCAGAUGCUGCGGGCCAUCUGCCUGCGCACGAAGCAGCUAGAGGCGGCCUGGAGGUUCUUGAGUACCUGCUCCAGGCGAGAAUGAGCCCCAAUGUCAAGGAUGCAGAGCAGCGCUCCUUGCUGUACUGGGCGGUGCAUGGUGGGCACACGAGAACGGUGGAUUUACUUCUGCAGGCGCGGGCAGAGGUCGAGAUACCCAGUUCGAAUGAUCAGGGGUCUGCAAGAGGGGAGGCUAUGGCGAAUUAUUUGGCAGCUGCUUUGAUCGGAGCUCGUCUUAGUUUGUGAGAAAGCACGUGUUAGAUUGCCGGAGUGCGGGCAUGUGCCUUUGAAGGCUCUACACUGCUUUCCCCUAGGUAUGUACACCUCCAUCCACACCUGGUCAACUAAACAUGUCGGUUAUAUAGUAAGUUAUAUAUGUAUGUGCACAUAUAGCCAAAAGAAGGUACGCCCCCUGAGAAAGCGAGAGCAUUGGCUGCAGCAAGGAUCUGGCAGCAGGCCGCAGCUUGCAGUGGACGAGCUGUCGCCAAUGCACAUCGUUGCAGCAGCAGGACAUGUGCAGAUGGCAACCUGGCUGGAGAGCAAAUUGAUCCCGAAGCAAAACAACAUGCCCUCGCGGCUCCCUCCUUUGCACCUUGCUGCCGGCGACGGCCACGUAGAGAUGGUGCGCUGGCUUCUGCCGCGCGCCGAGAAAAGUGCACGGGGCGGCAUUACGUCCUUGCACAUGGCGGCUCUGGGCGGCCAUGUGCAGGUCAUAGAGCUGUUGUUGGAGAUGCAAAGCGAUGUGUCGGCUGCUGCAGUGGAUGGAAGCCAGCCACUGCACGUGGCUGCAGCAAGUGGACACAAGGAGAUCGCGCGCACCCUGUUACUCGCCCGCGCAGACGCUGACGCCAAGACGAGAAAGAAACAUUCACCACUUGAUCGCGCACAGGAGGCUAGCGGAAACAUGAACCAGUUGAAUCAGGUGAUAUCAGGUUAGUUGUUGCGUCCCAAGUCAUCGAAUCGACCGAGACACUUGCGACAACGCGGUGCGCUGCCUUGCUCUGAAUGUGCUCUGGAGGCUGGUCACGCCGUCAUGGUGAAAUUUCUCUCGCAGAAACCAAGCACGGAGCUUUGAGCCGUUGAGCCUGAAUUCGAGGCGGAGUUGCAAACGGUCCCAUAGGAUGGCGAUGGUGCUGGCCCCAAGCAACGAGCAGCGCCUGCGGAGGGGACCAUGGACAGUGACUAGGUGACUAGCAGCACCAUGAGGGAAGCGAGUGGCACCAGAGGAAAA